ACCUCCGCCUGCCUGUUGCGUCCCGAGGCCCCCGUGGACAGAAAAAAAAACGGGCCAGAGGAAGAAAAAGCCAAUAUCUGCUGAGCAAUAACAAGAUUAAUGUUAUGAAACAAUGGAUGACUGACAAAUAAGAAAUAUUGACUUUACUAUCUCCAGGAGCAGAGCGUCACAUCACUCUUUGACUUUUUUUUCCUCACACAUUUUUGACUUAAGCUUUUUUUCUCCCUGUUUCUUGGCAGAAAAAAAGGAGACAGUUUCGCAUUUGGCUUUUUUCGCCAAGAACUUCCAGCUUUGCGAAGGAUUUUCUAUUUAUUUUUAAGAUUUAAAAAAAUUCUGGUCUUAGAUAAGCCUUUCUCCUCCAAAGACUUGUAUUGGGGAUGUUGAGCUCUGUGAAGAUGGAAGCACAUGAUCUACCUGAGUGGAAUACUUUCUACAGCGAGGCCAGUGAGAUGUAUUCCUCUCCCAGCACCAUGAACUCUGGUCUGGGCUCCAUGGGCUCCAUGGGCACCAUCAACAGCUACAUCAAUUUGAACCCAGCCACUGCCUCCCCUGCAGGCAUGAACAUGGCGUACCCGAGCUCCAGCCUCAGCAGUUCCCCGCUGGCGUCCAUGGGCUCCGGGCCCAGCCACAUGUCCCUCUCCCCAGUGGCCUCGUCCCUCAGCACAGGCCCUCUAACCCAGCUGGGCCCUGCUGCUCCAGGCUCCCUGGGCUCCUUGUCUCACUACCAGAACAUGGGUCAGUCCAUGAGCCAGCUGGGAUAUGCCUCCACUGCAACCCUGAGCCGGGCCGGGCCUAAAGAGAUUCCCCCAAAGCCCUACAGACGCUCCCUGACCCAUGCCAAGCCGCCAUACUCCUACAUCUCCCUCAUUACCAUGGCAAUCCAACAGAGCGGCAGCAAGAUGCUCACCUUGAAUGAGAUCUACCAGUGGAUCAUGGAGCUGUUCCCCUACUACCGUGAGAACCAGCAGCGCUGGCAGAACUCCAUUCGCCACUCGCUCUCCUUUAACGACUGCUUUGUGAAGGUGGCUCGCUCACCUGACAAGCCCGGCAAAGGUUCUUACUGGACUCUGCACCCGCAGUCAGGCAACAUGUUCGAGAACGGCUGCUACCUGAGACGCCAGAAACGUUUCAAGAUCGAGGAGAAGUUGGCAAAGAAAGGAGGCAAGAACCAGGAGGGGAGCUCAGGGAAAGGAGGCCAUGGUGGAGAUCACCUGGUGGAGGAUCACAGCCCCACAGGAGGAUCAGAAGGAGCUGACUCCACUCACUCAGACAACUCCCACCCAGGCUCCUCUGAUGACCAGCCGCAUCCCAGAAACUCCCUGGUUCCACUAGACUGCCCUCCGCUGUCCUCCUCACACCUCCACAGCCCGCCUGUUUCCCUGACGCCCUCUUCCUCCACCUCGUCCUCCCUGUCCCUCUCAGCCACCACCUCCUCUAACCCGCUCCUUCACUCCCAGUCUUUAGUGGGUAGCACCCACCUCCUGCCCAGCACCAUGCAGCAGCACAUGGACCUACAGAGUGAUGCUCUCAAGUCCCUGGACCCCCACUACAACUUCAACCACCCCUUCUCCAUCACCAACCUCAUGUCCAAUGAGCAGAAGAUGGACCUUAAGUCCUACCAGGACCAGGUGAUGGCCUACAACAGCUACACCAGCUCUCCUGUGGGAGCCAAGCAGAUCUACGACAGCCCAGGCCCAGCCACCAUGGACUCAGGCGCUUACUACCAAACUCUGUACAGCCGCUCGGUGCUCAACGCUUCCUAAUAUGGACACUCACCCCCAAAGCACACACACCUGUCUGUAGAGGUGAGCCAAGAUAGAGACGUCUCUUUCUUUCUGCCUUUUCUAAAAUGGACACCCCAGCUCUCUCUGUCUUCCUCUUUCUUUCCCUCUCCCUCUCUGGCUCACAUCCACUGGAAGAGACUCACAUCUAAAAUGGCUGCCGUGUCUGAGGGACCAAAGAACAGUUUAUAUUUUCUUUUACCAACUAUGAAGAACAUGGAGACUGGUUGGUUACAUAGAGGACAGAAAAUGUAGCUGAUAAGAAGUCUUAACUGAUGAAGAAAACAUUUGACUGGAGUCAGAUUGUGUCACAUUGUGUCUCUGCCUGUCGCAGGAGCACUGCACGUGGUGAAAUUGGCUUUGUACAAAAUGUAAAUAGAGGUAAUGCGAGGGGGAAAAGGAUAUUUGCAUUUAUUUAUAAAGGGAAUAAAUUUUAAUAUAUCUUGUAUAGCGCUCUGUUGACCAGUUACAACCCAAAUGUGAGGGGUUUUUUUAAAUCCAAAGAUGGAGAAGCGAGUUUCAGGUUACUGCUUCAGGCAGGUGUUACUGCAGACGGAGACAGUUUUUUUUGUGUGUGUGUGUGUUACAGCAUUUCACAGUGCGUCCAUCAUUUCUGUCAUAUCAGGCAUUUGUCAGUGUAAAUGUAGCUGAUGAAGUCUGUAUUUUCACAAAAUUGGUUUGUUAUUUUGGUUAAUAUGAAGACAAAAAAAGCCAUUUUGUCCUCGCUGGAGCACAGAGGAAAUAGAAGCUAAAACAAUCUUCUGCAACGAGGCAAAGUAACUGUGGUAAAAACUAGAAACCAUGUUGUGUGUAUGUUUUUGUUACCUAGAAGAGAGCAUUAAAACGAAAUGCUUAUUGGCAGACUGUAACAUUUUGAAUAACAGACAGCUGGUGCAGUGCAUGGGGGAGUUCAGUCAGUUACUAAAACAGUGGAAGGGAGGAGAGAUGCACUAUGGGAGGAUUUACAUACAGUACUUUGCACUAUGGAGCUCCCACUGGCCAGGUGGGCUAAUAGUGUGUGUUUGUGUGUGUUACAACAAUGCUAAGGAACACCCCCUUACAAUGUCAAUGCAUCAGCUCAAUGGGAUCAGUGUAACAAUGUCAAAGGGUGUCAAAUAACCCUUGCUGUCCAAAAAGUGCCUUUUCUUCAAAUGACUACUGAUCUGCUAAGAGAUCAAUGUAUCGAUCUAUUGAAGGAUUAUUCUGAUAAUUAGCAGAGGACGCAGAAGUUUCAGGUCACGUGAUGUCCUUUGUGGAGCAUAUUUUAGUUUCAGAGAUAAUGUCUUUUAUUUAAGCUAUGUAGCUUUUCAAACUUUGAAAGUGUGCUGACAUAAUAUAUUGUUUUUUGUUGUUAUUUCUGUUGGUUUUAAAUGUGAUAUGAAUGAUUAACAUUUCAUUUUUCUUAUUAAAAAGGCAAAAAAUAU